AUGGAAUCGACGAGUCCUCCUUUGGCUCUUGCUGACUAUUUGUCUGCGGUGCUGCUGAAUGUGCUGGUGAAUGGGCAAUCUCAGAAAAUUCUACGAUCGCAACGAAUUGGUGUCGAGGGUCAAAUCCUCGCUAAACUCUUCUCGGACUACGACCAAUUCACACGUCCACCAGUCAGGGGUUAUGGUGCGCAACAUUCAUCAAUACUCGUCAUUACUUCACUCUUCAUCGAUCACAUCAAAUGGCACCACGAUCAGGCGCUAAUGCAAUCGGAACAAAGAACACUAUUGAAGGAAGUGAAUAUGUAUCUACGACAGCAAUGGCAAGAUACAAGAUUAGCUUAUGAGGUUGAUCAGCGCGAGGGCGUUGAAGAGGUCGUGCUACCGAGCAAUCGGCAAAUCUGGGAACCAGACACUUACUUCUCGAAUGCUGAAGAUAUAAGACACGAACACCGACGACACACCGUCAUUGAGCCGUCUGGACAUGUGCGAUGCUCGGAAAUGUUUGUC